GAGGGGAAAGGUAUUGAUGUAGGCUGGAGGUAAUGCAGUACACUGCAGGUCUGCUCCAGCUACAGAAUACAGUUGUAUCAUCAGGAAAAUGUAAACAUUUUGACCCAAAUAUAAACACAAAUGUCCCAUCACUUCAGACUGGGUCUUGGAAUUAAUUAUGAAUCCAUCUAUUCCCACCCUUUGGCACUGCUUUUUUAUGUAAUUACUUUGGGAUUGUUAUACAGUAGCAUGCAUUAUUACAUAUUCAGUUUUGGAAUGAAGGGUAAAAUGAGCUCUUCUGUGGAGAGGUAGCUGUGGCUUGGUUAGCUAGUCAGAGCAUCAAAGAGGCAGUAAGGUGGUUAAAGUUGUUCCACUAAAUUAGAAACAAAAUGAGCAGGUGAGUUUGCUGUGAUGCCACUCGGGAAUUUCCCACGGUCCUCCAGGACACCAAAUGCUACUGAUAAUGUUAAUGUAUUACAUGUUUCGAGUCAUCUCUUUCCAAAACACGCCUGUUACAUACAAAGACCGUUGUGCAUAACACCAUCACAUGCAGUAGGAUCCCAGUGCAAUGAUUCACAGAAUGCAGAUGUAUCAUGUCCCCGUGGGAUAUGUGAUUAUUGUGCCCUGAAUCUGGCCUACAUAAGCAGUCAAAGCGUUUAUCUAAACAACAAGAGGAGGGCCAAACUGCUCGUGUCAGGGGUGGUUUUUUUUUUUUUUCAGAGCGCUGAUUUACGGUAAGCUUCUACUCAGUUGUGCUUUGUGCAUUCACAGUGUACAAAGCAUUACUUCUUCAGCUGUGAAAAUACACUGGCUUUGCAAGACACUAACUGAUACAGUUUUGGUUUCUAGAUUGGGGAGGCUGAGAACCAGUUGAAAAAUGGAUGUUCAAUAACAUAUACAUUUACUGAGCAGGGGAAUCUGAGUGACACGUGUUACAUCAAAGCUGCAUUUCCCCAAAUUCUAGAACUUAUCGACACUCACUUCAGGUUUGCCAGGAGCUCAGACAAUGGACGCUAUGUAGAGGCCAUGAAAGCGCUGAUGCACAACAUGUACUCACAAAAGUGCAUCCCACCAAUCAAUGUGGAGCUUGAGGAUGAUCCAGCAAAGUUUUCCAAAACCCACAGAGGUUCACCCAGAGAAGCACUGAACAAAGUUCUGGAGGUCUUCUCACUCUACCUGGAGCUAAUGUCCACUAGAAACAUACCAGUGGACUGGAGCUGUGAGGAAGAGUAUGCUAAGGAUGAACUCCAAUUCACCACACCCCUCUCCCAGACCACAGGUGCUGCUGAGUGCCGAUGCUUUAAUCCCACUGUGGAUUAUGGGGACUCUCAUCUGGUGUCUAUGACAGACUCCAGCCUUCCCUCACAAACCCCUGAAAUCCCAUCCUUUUCCUCUGAGGCUCCUGGAUGGGACCCACUGUUGCAGGGGACCCUUGAACCCAUGGCUGUCCACUGGGAAAUGGGGAGUACCAGCUUCAAAAUGGCCCAUGGUACAGACUCAGGAAACAGGCAGAAGGGUGGGGUCUUUAUUCCAUCUGCCGAGUUGCCGUUGCUCACAGCUGUUGGUGCUAAGCAUUCAACUGGGCUUAGCUCCACAUCCUCUUUUAAAAUGAUGGCAUUUCCCCCUAUGAAGGAGACCCGACCAUUUGGCACUGAAUCUGACACUAGCUCUGUCUUUUCUGAAGCCAUACACUACAGGUCACAGGAAGGCACUAGUGUUAUGGAAUUAUCUGUCAGCACUACUGAUUUGGGGGAGCAGUCCAUGAGUACAGCAUCGGGCAUUUCUAGGGAUCCUGCCCGAAGUACUAGUAGAACAAACAAUGUGGUGACAGAUUUGCCUGUAAGCCACGCAUCCUUUGGGCCAAGGAUCGCCACCAUCCCCUCACAGGUGUUUGUAGGCAAUCCGUCCACACCUGUCCCGCUGCAGGAGUUUCAGGUGGAGGGGACCCCCAGGAGGCCGCGGGCUAAUGCACCGGUCCUGCUGGCCAAGCGAUCAGUAAAACCCAGACAGGACAGGUCACGAGCGGAUCUGUCGACCAACCCAGCCUAUCCCCAGAGAGCAACUACUUCCACCUCUCAGCUACCGCCCGCCAUUUCCAUGAUGAUAGCCAGAGAGAAAGACACUCCAAAGACUUGGUUGAGUGAUGACACUGGGCAGUUGCGUGGUCUGCCCACACCUGCAGUUCGCCCAACCUCCUCGCCUGACCCGGAACUCGAGGCACUUUUCCGCAAGACCGCUAACAAUGAUGUAGUGGGCUCAGCAGUUCCACUGGGACAAGAUGCAGGGAUACACUUCCGGAGCGGGGAUCCUGAAGGGUCACAUGACUCAAACACACUUGCCUAUAUAAUGGCACCAGUGUGUGGAGGACUACUGUUCAUAUCUGCCAUCUACUGUCUCAGACGACAGAAGCAAUGUAAAAAGCCUGUUCUGGCCCAGGCACACAGCACAGAACCUUCAGUUGGCUUCAUGCAGCACAGCCUAGAGCCGCAAGACUGUCACUCAAUGACAGCCAUGACUGAAAUCGUCGUGCAGUAGACAACUGUAAAAUUCAGGAGUUUAAAAAUUUAUAAUAGAUCAUAAUAAUUUCUCCCAGAACAUGUCAUAUACAAUAUGUCUUGUUGUUUAACAGAAAUAAUAAACACCUGGAAACACACACACACACACACACACACACACACAACUUACUACUGUUGACCCUGAAGGAUUAGUGUGGAACAAUGUCUGUGAAGAAGACUUCACUACAAUUUUUUUUAAUCCAUUACCAGUAUGAGAGAAUGGAUACACAAAAAUAGCAUCCAACCCCUUAAAAAAACAUUUUCUUCUUUUUAUUCUACUUUUCCUUAAUUUGGAUUUGCCCGUAAAUUACCACAAAUAUGCACCAGAAGUUCUGUUCUGUUAGCUAAAGCAGAAGCACUUCUUCAGUAUCCUUGCCAGGCCCUCAUUGUAAAUUCUGAUCUUAACUGACAUGCCUGGUAAAAUAAAGGUAAAAUAAAAAUGUACUUGGCUGCAAGUCCAUGACUGUGUUUAGCCAUGUUACCUAGAGGUAAUGCCAAUGGGAGGAUAUGCAUGCCACUGUUACAGCUGGUUACCAGUGGGUCUCUAGGAUGUCACUGAAAGGAACAAAUAUAGUAGUAACCAGGGGAACUCUGGCUGACUUAAUCGCGCCCUACCCCUGGUGGGACAAGGCCUGGUGUGUCCCUCUGCUAUAAACUGUUACUGUUUUUUACUUAUCCCAGUAUAUCAAAUGGGUGUUAUAGAGUCCAACUGCACAGACCUAAACAUAACGGAACUUCCUUAAAAAUGAAGUUGACACAAGAAUUUCAGAUUAAGUACCUUGCUCAAGAGUACAACAGCAGUGUCCGCCCUGAGAUUUAAACGUGCAAUGUUCAGAGUCAAUUUACCAAAUAUCUUUGCCACACUAGUACCAAGAAACACAUGACAUAUGCUCAUUUUAAACCUUGGAUGUAAUUGGUGUAAAUCCAUUUAACUAACCAUGCACAUUUAACAUAUACUGGUAUUUAUAUCUGUUGCAAUUGCUUAGAAACAUUUUUGGAGCACAUAUACAUGUACAGGUUAUUUAAGGAUGUGUAGAUUUUAUCAUAACCUAAUUUCAGUUCUGUUAGCAUAAUAUGCACAGUUCUGUCAGCAUAAUAUGCAUAAUAUGCAGUCCAAUAAUUGGACUGAAGUGUUUGCCCCAGCAGUUGUAAAGAAAUGUCUCUUUUCAAUCUCUAAUGAUGCCUGAAGCAUUAUGUUAAACUUAACUUGCCCAGCUGCAGGUAGGGUUUGUCUUUUAAAGGUAUGUGAUUCAGUGGAUAUAUGUUAAUUGCAACUAAUUUCUUUUGUUGGAUCAUGUCCAUAAUAAAAUAAAAUGAUAUUAUUAGUGUG